AUGGCGAAUUAUUUUAGGAAAUUUCGACUGCUGAUAUGGAAGAAUUUUUUGCUUCAAGUAAGUUCUCUAUCUGACCGCUCUAGGUUCUGCUGUAUUGUAGAGCUCGGUUCAUAAAUCUCGUUAACUUUUUACUCAAGAGCAAUUAUGUGACUCAUAACUGAUUUAAUUUAACACUUUGUAAGGAGAAAAUUUAAUUAUUAGCUCCACCUGCAACCUUGGUUCCUUGACUUCCUUGAUUAAUCAAGCGCUCAUACUCUAAAGCAGGAAAUUUGAUGCUAUAAUUCGAUGAUUUAUGAGGAAUGGACGUGUUCUUCUGCUUUAUGCUUUAUGGUAAUAUUUUUCUUAAAUCUCUAAACAGCUGCAUAGCUGCUACAAAAAUAAUGCGUCAGUCAAUUCCAGCUGCGCUCAGUUCCGCCAUGCUACUGCGGGGCAUUUGCCCGCCUUGUCAGUCCCGGGGGUGGGGCAUUUGUAAAUCUUCCGCUGCCCGGGGGCCGGGCAUUUGCCAACCUUUGCCUUUUGACAAGCAUGCGGCUUCGUAUUAGAAUAUAACUACACAGAGGAUUUUAGCGGAAAAACAAGCAGAUUCGCUUGUUUGUCAAGGACGGGAAAAAAUUGAAGAGGUUUGUAAAGGUGUGUUCUCGAUUUUAUGCAUGCAUGUCUUCAUUGCUUAUCAAGCCAGAAUUACAUAGCGAAGCUCAGAAGCUGUCGAGGUGAAUCCCGGGGGUACUCCCAUACAUUACAUAUACGGGUAUGUGCCGCCCAAAGGGGUCGUGAUUUUGAAGCUCCUGAUUUAGAACGGGGUAUCCAUUUCAGAGGCGUUUUCUAGAACGGGGUAUAAUAUUUCGAACGCACGAAAGCUCCAUUUUUGUUGGCAGCCAUUUGAAAGUAUUCAAGGACAGAUUGCUUUUAAAAAUACGGUUCAAUGCGUUAACAAGUAAACCAUUGUACUCUUGUUGCACCCUAGAACGGAGUAUAAAAAUUGGCCCAUUUCUAGAACGGGGUAUCAGUUUUGGGGCGAAUUCUAGAACGGGGUAUAAAAAAUUGGCCCAUUUCUAGAACGGGGUAUCAAUUUUAGGGGAAAUUUUUUCCAGAACGGGGUGCCAUUUUGGAGUCCCGGGCGGCACAUACCCACCCAAAAAAUACCCAAGUGCCCCCCCCGGGGGUGAAUCAACGUUUUUUUUGGUUAUUGAAUCAAGUUUCUCUUGAUAUUAUUUGAAGAACAUCCUUUCAUAUUCGUAAAACUAUUCAUAGCAGUUAACUUUAUGGCGCACUAUUAUAAUUUUAAUGUCAAUAAUUUUACAACAUUACUAAAACUAUAAACUGAUGUCGUCACGGCAUGAAGUCUUAAUUAGAAUAGCACUAUUACAAAGGAAGACGUUUAUUGAAACAAAAAAUCGCACAUUAAAAAUGCUUAAACUGGCACUCCUUGACUGUGCGAUCAAUGAAAAAUGUUGCAGUGUUGACGGAGGACGGGGUAUUUGCCCUCUUUUUUUGUCACCACCCUGGGGGAUUUGACAGCUCAAGAGUCCCCACCCCUGGGAGUUUGCCAUCCAAGGCAAGAAUAAUGCUAAUUCCCGGGCGUGAGGUCAAGGAACGGGGGGAGGGGGGUUGGGCGCAGCUGGAAUUGACUGAUGCAUAAACUUUAUGAUCUCAGUGAUAAAAUAAUCAUAUGUGCUGAUUCCUCUCUUUCUAAGUCAAACGCCAUUCUUUACAUGUGACAAAUGCAAUGGGAGUAAGCAAAAUCUAUUGUUUUUGCUCAUUAGCAUAAGAUUCAUUCAGUUUUGUUCCUGGCCUCAAUGUAGGCGCAGACCUAGGUUAAAUAUUGACCAAUUUCCUAAACGUGUGCAUGUCAAAGGCGCAACUUUCUAGCGGGGUGUGGGGACAUGUGCUCCUGGGAAUUUUUUUGCAUUUGACCUCCCUUAAGUCACCUUUUCUGGCUUUUGGAGUCAUUCUGGCAGGAUAUUGGCCAGAUUUUAACUUAGAAAGUUUUUUUUCCUCAUCAAAAAAAUAUAUAUAAAUUUUACGAAAAAUCUGACUGUUUUUGUUAAAACUGAGUGGAAACCAGUGUGGAUGCUUGCUUGUAAUGACCCACUUAAAGCAAAGAUUUUGCAAUAAAUGUCUUCAUAGAGCCAAGGGCUGCAACGGAUGACCACACUGAGGGGUUUGCAGUUGUGGGUUCAAAUUUUACCAUUGGGUUGUUUCUUAAGAAAAUUAAUUUUGCUCCUGUUUGUCCCCCUAAUUGAGAAGGACAGAGGGGUUAGGAGCCUGGGAGAAUAGGAAGAAGGAGGAGUACAGGAGGUCAGAGAGUAUGGGGGAGGUGGGAAUUCUAAAAGGGUGGGAAGUGGGAGAAAUAGGGAGAAAAUAUUAUGCAAAAAUGCUUUAUAUUUUUUUUGAAAGGGGCUAAUGGAAGGAACCCAAGAAGUAAGGGAUGGGAACUGCCAAUCCAGUGUACCAGAGGUGGGAGUUUUGGUGGACCUUCUCGUUCUCCCCUGUUCCCUGCUCCCUCUCUCACCCACUGAGGGUAACCCUUCAGCGGCUUAGGUCUUGUGCCUAGCAUCCCGAUCAGGAAGGAGGAGAAGCAGUGCUUCUACUGUAGGUUUUUUUGAUGCUUCAUGCCACAAAAUGGAGUUUGUGAACCCUGGGCUUCUAAUUCCUAGUGGCUUGUAAUGCACUGUUGAUUUCUCAACACUUCAUGUUCCAAAUGUGACCAAUGUGAAUAAUUUUCUAAUAGUCCAUGUAUAUAUAUUCAGGAGAAAAGGUUUUGAGAAAAUCAUGAAUAAAUUAACCAGCAAGCUGUGGCUUGAGUAAUAUAUAUUUGUUUAUUCCUGGUUAUGUCAACAGAAACGAAGACCUAUUGGGACUGUUUUUGAAAUCCUCAUUCCGAUUGUUGUGAUGGGCAUUCUUAUUCUAAUUCCAUUGUAAGUAUAUUCACAUGCAUUUAACUGUAUAUUUUGCCAGCAAGUGUACAUUUUGUACAUUUACAAAUUGUGGUAAAAAAUUGUAGAUUACUCUUAUUUUUCUGCUGUGAGAACAGGAACUGCAAGAACUUUGCUGUGGAUCAGGCACAAGUUGGGAAGUUUUAUGACAGGCAAUUGCACCUUUUUUUUUAAUAAAAAAAUACCACUAAAACAUUUUCUUUUCCCUCUAUUAGGACAGCACCUUCAGCACAAGACGAAUGUUUUUGUAAGUGUCAUUCCUUAACAAAACUGAAAAAUUCAGUAAUAUUUUGAAGCUGUAAUGAGGUACAAAAGUGUUGAGACACUUCUGUAAAAUGGCCCCUAAAUUUUGCAUGUGGACAUCCCCUUCCCCUGUGUACCCCCACCCGCUUUCCCCCAAAAUUGAUGUUUUAUUUAAGAAAAAUUAUAUUUGCCAUAAAGUGAACCAUAUAUAUGUGAAACUUAAUGCCACAACAGUGUGUUUUGCUUUCUUUUAGCUGUAUAUCAAUCAACAAAGAUUGAUGUUAGCAACAUGAAGUACGAUGGUGGAAAAUUGGCUUUCUUCCCACAAACUGAAAUAGGUAUCAGUUUUUGAUUCCAAGUUAGAUUAUGAUGAUGAUGAUGAUAAUAGUGAUAACAAUAAUAACACAGUUGAAGCUCUUGUAAGUGACCACCUCUGAAAUUCGAAAAAGUAAUUGUAACUAGAACACACUGCAGAAUGCUACUUUAGAUUAUGGUGAUAAUGACGACAUGAUGAUUGAAAAUUAAUGCUUAUGCAAAUUUUGGGGGGAUAAACAAGGCUUUUUUUGGUCAAUGUGAAAGUGGUGAAUUGUAUUCAAAAGUGAGUUAAGGAUUAAGAAAUCAACUCACUUAUUGUUUUUAAAUAGUUUUGCACAUAAUAUUUUGACACAAUAUAUGUCAUUCAUACUUACUUUAAUUCUUUUUAGUGUCGAAGUUGAUGGCAAGAGUUGAAAACAUUACAGGUUUGGAAGCUGUUAGUACCAGUAACACUACUGGCAAGCCAUGGUCAUCUGGGGCUAGUAUGGCUGCUGAAGUAUCUGAGAAAGAUCAAAACUACUAUUUCGGGGGUAAGCGAAUCCAAAAUGCCUAACCCAAGAAAACAAAAAAUAACAACAAACAAUUUUACAAAGACAAAGCAAGAAGAGAAGCAAACAGACAGAAUAAAAAAACAAAACAAAAUAGAAAUGCAGUGUUGGCCGGAAUGACAGUGCUACAAGUUACAGAGCUUAUAAUUCUGGCAAUUGUAUUCACUGAGGAAAAUCUCAGUCAGCUGUACAGUGAAACCUCUAUUAAGUGGACCCCCAUUUAAGCGGACACCCUCUAUUAAGUGGACCCUAAGCCAGGUUCCGAAAUUAAUGUCUUAUAUAUUUCCCUUCUUAUGAACCCCUAUUCAGCGGACACCUCUAUUAAGCAGAUGCAGGCACUAUAAAAUAAAUUGUAUUUGGCUAAUUUCUAUUGUUAAUAACCUCCAUUAAGUGGACACCAGACUGAAUUGUCUUGACAAUUAAGUAGUAGUGGAUUACAUCCUUGAAAUACGUACUGUUGUCAAUUAAUAAAGAAAAAUCAAUACAUUUAUAGCUGUCAAUAAACUGUAGAUUAGACGGAAAGUCUUUGCACGAAGUACAGCACCGCUUCCUUUAAGCUUCCUUAGCUUCCUUAACAACGUGGAACUUAAUCACAGUACAGAGUAUCACCGUUGAAAGUUAAUCGUUAAAAAACAUUGCUCAAUUUUUGCAAACCUUAAGCUGACACCCUCUAUUAAGCAGACACUUAGGAAGGUCCUAAAGGUGUCCUCUUAAUAGAGGUUUCACUGUAUUUUACAUUACCAACCUCAAAAUUGUGUACCAAGGGUAUUAGACAAAUAUCGUCCUUUUUUAUUUCAGCCAUUGAGUUUUUAAUUGAUGAUGAGGACAGUCUUCCAAAGCAAGUCAAGUAUGCCAUUCGCUUGAGGUCUGAGGUAUAUUCACCAUGGAACACAGACUCGACUUAUCCACAGUUUAUUCCAGAUAGCCCUGAUACAUGGUAAAUAGAAUGAUAAGCUCUCAACGUAUUGAAAGCGAAAUGUCAACUCGUAAUCUUAGACCACAUGUAGAACAAAAGUGGGCAUUGAUGGAAAAACUUGGAGCCACUUAAAAUGGAUUGCAGUUGUGGAUUUUGAACUUGCUAGCCAAGUAGUUUUCAAAGUUCAUUUUUGUUGGUUGACACAAAGCUUUGAUUUUGUUUAGUGUCUCUAUGACUGAAGAAAUAAACCCAUUUUUUUAUGUUUUAGGCCAGGUUCAAAUGUUGAACUUCUAGUAUGCAAAAUGAGAUGCUACCCUUUGGUUUUCAGCAUAUUACAAAAUGGAAUAGUAUCUACUGACGUUUCAGCUGACGUUUGAGCUUUGAGAGCAAGGGCCUAACUACUGUACCACUUUAUCCUGUUCUUUUUUUUCCUCAGGAGCCAAUAUGAUUACAAGUUUUUGCCACUUCAGUAUGCAAUUGAUACUGCUAUCAUGCAAAUGCAAGCUGCAUUGUCACAUGGCAUUCCUGUGAAAAUGAAGGCGAGUAUAUAAAUUAUGCAGUCAUGAAUGGUUACAUGUAGGCCUUCACUAUUAAUUUCACCGCGUAACUUGUUAAUUUACGGUAACAAAAACCUCAUGGUCUUGAGGAUUGGGGUUUUAGGAAGUUUGCCUUUGUCAUCGUCAUCUUUAUUAUCACUACCAUCUUCAUCAUCAUCCUUGUCAUCAUUGCCAUCUUCAUCAUAGCCAUCAUUAUCAUCACAGUUAGUGCCAUCAUCAUCAUUAUCAUCGCAGCCAUCUUACCAUCCUCACCUUCAUCAUCAUCAUCAUCAUCGUCAUCGCCAUUUCCAUCAUCAUCACCAUCAUCAAUUUCAUCAUCAUCAUUUUCAUCAUUGCCAUAAUCAUUAUUGUCAAUUUCUGGAGUUGCUAUAAAUUUGUCUUGUUCUUGGUUAGCUUGUUCUUAUAUUAUAUAAUCUUGUUGCACAAACCAUAACUGACUUUGUGUUUUUCCUGCUGGUACAGAUUUUUCCUUACCCAAACUAUACAACAGAUUAUGCGAUGAAUAUGGUAUCCCUGUUUAUGCCACUGCUGGUUAUGUUGGGCCUGAUGUAUUCAGCUAUGACAAUUAUCAAGGUAGUACAGUUACAAUGGAAUCCUCUUCUCGUCAUAAUUGUUUUGUGCUGAAACAUUUUUAAUUCCCUUAGUUCUCAGAAUAACAAUGUUUGCUUGGGCAAGGUGUAUUUCUUAGUAUGAAACAAAACAAAGUUACAACGUCUGAUGAAAAAUUUUCGGGCUUCUUUACCCUUUAAGCUCCAAUAUCCACAUACAAAUUCUCCAAACUGAUCUCUAUACAUUUUGUUAAAGAAUAAGUUGAGAGAAUUUGAUGAAAGAUCAAAGCAUUUUCUCUUAGGUGAUCAAUUUAUUAAUUCUCAUAACCAAAUCUCUUGACAAUCAAUGGAUAUGGUUAGGAGAAAAUUGAUGUUGGACACCAUUGGGACUUAAAGGGUUAAUAUCACGGGCUCCUAAUCCAUUACGUGUACAUGUAUUUUGGUAUCAGUGUAUUGUGGAGAUUUCUCUUUCUAGUAUAGCAUAGUUUUGGCUCGUAUUCUGUGGAAACAGGUGAUGAACGUUUUCCUUACAAGUGUAGUUGGGUUUGCCCCAUAAAAAGAACUUUUUAACGAUUUUUUUGCUAUUUAAAACUAGUAUAAAGCUGUGCUGUUUAGUUCAUUUGAAAAAUGUUAGCAAUACAUUAUUAGUACUAGCCUAUGUGGUUGUAUUUAAAAUUGGAGGUUGGUUAGAGGUUUUGACUAAACUUUCUGUUAUAUGUAUGACUUACAUGUACUAUAUAUGUUAUGUGGAAUAAUUUUGCUAGGAGCUGGUUCUUGAGAAACAGAGCCGCUUAAAGGAAUCAAUGAAGAUGAUGGGACUGCCAAACUGGGUUCACUGGAGUGCAUGGUUCACGAAAAACUUGCUGUUCCUUCUCAUCUCUGUUGUUAUAUUUGUCAUUGUACUCAAGGUAAGUUAGAUUAAUGGGGGAGAUUGCAUCUCUCAGUACAGUUGUUUGUAACUUUAUUAAAAUCGUUUGAGCAAAGUAAUCUCGUAAACAAUAUGUGUUCUUUCACUUACAAAUUUUAAAAUGGGCAAAGUCCAACAUCUUCACGUGCAAAUUGUGUGUAUGAGUUAUUUUUAUAAUCCUGUUUACUAUAUUACUGUGUCAUAAGUCCAAUUCCCUCACGUACGAACCACGAAAGGGGGCGAAGUCCAACACUUUCCCGUACCAGAAGUGUGACUGCACAUCUCAUAUUGGCUUUUCAAGGUAAUAGUAACUUGAACGUAUGAAGACCAGUUUCGUUUUUUUUAAGGCAUUGGCAAUGCCCUAAAAAAGGCUCUUGUCUUUUAAGAAGCAAUAGCUUUUAAAACGUGAAGAAUUAAGUUGUCAGAGUUAAAGACUGUUUCACUGAGUAGAAUCGCACGUGAAAACCUCGUGAAUGAUGAUGCAACCAUCUACCAUAAUGAUAAAAAUCCUGGUAUUUCGUAACUAUUCGGUAUUCGAUGAACCACAUUUUCUUAAGAAACUCCGAGGAAACCUUAGAGUUUUCCUUCUGAUCUACGUUUGGUGAGUUGAUAUUUAUUGUACUUUAACAAUUUGUUUAACUUGCACCAGAUGUAUCACUCAGGGAAAGACAGAGCGGGAAAGUGAAUAUAUAGCAUGAGGAUCGGCUCAGCUGAGCGUUUCGCGUUUUCAUUCAUUUACCCCAGUGCCCAAUUUUGCACAAAAACCCAGGCCACAUUUAGGAUGAUAAACGUGGAUUCAUCACUCUUGGUAAGGUUACACUGAAGCAUUCAAAAUAGCUCAUGCACGUUAAACGUGUCUAUGUUUCUUAAGGAAAUGUAUGGAGAUCAGUGUAGAGAAUUUGUAUGUGGAUAUUGGGGCAUAACAAAUGUAGCCACUGUGACCUGCAGAUUGUUCAGGUAAUUCGCCUUGUGAAGGAUCGACAAUCACAUGUCAGUAUUUUACGUACUUUUGAAAGUUUUCCUUACUUUAGUUUUGUUUUUAUUCUUUCUGUAGGUCCUGGUGUUUAAACAUUCAGACGUGACUGUGUUAUUAGUUCUGUUUCUCCUUUACAUCUUUGCCAGCAUCUUAUUUUGCUUCUGUGUUAGGUAAAGAAUUAUUUUUCCUUAAUUUUGUUUGAUUGCAACUUGUUUUGUGCUUUUCCCAACAUGGGCCUUCACCGCUAAAUAAACGACUUUAUUGACUUGCUCCCCGCCGCCAGAGCGCCCCGGAGAGCUUGCUUGCAGCCUAGCAAAGCAACAACUCUGCAACUCGUGGCAAAAUUUCAGAAAUUAAAGAAGGUGUAAAAAUACGGCCGAAUUCAGCUAUCGCUGUCGUGGUCCUCUAUGCUCCUUACAGACAGAGGCCUGUUGCACUGUCUUCUGGUCCCACCUCACUUAAAACGCACUGUAGUGUGUACUUAAUGUACUUAUGGCUUGGGAUCUAAUGCUAACCGCGGUGGUGAGAGCACUCGCUCUCUACCAGUGUGGCCUUGGGUUUAUAUUCCGGUUUCGAUGCCAUAUGUGAGUUAAGUUUGUUGUUGGUUCUUUCCUUUGCUGCGGGAGGUUUUUCUCCCGGUACUUCGGUUUUUCCCUCUCCUCAAAAACCAACACUUGAAACUCCAAUUCAAUCUGGAAAGGACGAACACGUUUAAAUGAGUUUUUAAGAACUCUUAAGUGUUUCGUGGGUAAACAAAUGACAAUUUUUUUUCAUAUCCGCUUAUCUGAAGCCACGCAUGCGCACAGCUAGGCAGACAGGCGUGGACCCACUCUCCCAGAGCUGGGAUUUUUUUUCUCUCGAUUUGCAGCGCCGACCAAAAAGAUAAAGGCUGUGAGAAUGAGAAUGGCUUGAACCGUCUUGAUAUUUGAGACUUGAUUUCUAUCUUUGCAGUGUGUUCUUCUCGCGUCCUGUUCUUGGAAUGCUUCUUGGUGCGCUAAUCUGGAUCGCAACACUGGUACCCUACUUUGUAGUGUAUAGUGACAGAAAAUACAAAGCAAUGACCAGGUACCAAAUACAUGUUUACUUAACUAGUAAUAACCAAAGGUUAAGAAGUGCAAGUGAGUUUCAUGCUUCUGAUCCAAGGUCAAAACGUCCUUGCUACAAAGCUGGUGUUUUGUGUAAGUGAUGCGUGAUAAAGGGUCAAAACGCGUGUGUUUAGAUUACGAGUGAUAGACGGCUUAUCGGCUUAUCAGUUUCAAGUCAAAUUUAUAGGAACCAAAAUACAACAAUAAAGACGAAGGACAUUUUUCUUUUAACAUUGAUAAAAUCGUGACCCCUUUUCGAUGUCGAAUGUCGCGCCAUUUUGAGCCUCCACUCUUUAAACUACUUCCUAGAAAGAACCCUAGUCUUCCUGUAUGACACUACUAUGUGAUGAUAAUACUUUACCCUGCGAAUUCAGACGUCUCUCCCUCCUCGCCCCUCGCCGCUAACUUCCUGCAGGCAUGUGCGCAAAUUUCUUCUUAGCAGCUUUACAUCUUCCGCUGUCGCCCAAUAGUUUCUGAUUCAAAUUCUGCGCGCGCGUAUGUAGUAUUAGCGUACGUUGUAACGAACUUGUCAUGGGCAAUUUUAUCUGAGGAGUGCCGCACAUGCCGUGCGGUACAAACUAACUAGUAGGCUGAUUCAGCAACAGAACGCGAACGUCAGUUGACUGCGCGCGCAAAUCAAACAACUGGCUUGGCCAAUGGCAGAGCGGCAAAUUGGGCACCGAAAGUCGAGUUUAGUCCUUUCCGCGCGCUUUCCCGACGUCAAAUGACGUUCCCGUUCUGUUGCUAAAUCAGCUUAGUUAUAAAUUGCCAAGUCAGAUCUUACGUUGAUAUCAGAUCACCUAGAUUAGAACUCUCUAGUCCUUCUAUUGCCCACUCUGCCGAUGGGCGUGCAUACACAUCAACUGGUAAACUUCAGUCUAUGUACAUUUGGAUUUCCUUAAUUUACAGAUCAGAGAAGGCUGGGGCUUGUCUGUUGCCAAACACCUGUUUGGGUCUUGCAGCCAAACUCUUCGCGCAGUUUGAGACCAUCCGAGUUGGAAUCUCUUGGAAAGAGGUUUCCGAGUACCCUUCACCCGAUGAGAAUUUCAAUAUGGUUUGGGUGUUUUGCAUGCUGUUAGCCGAGUGUGCAAUUUUUGGCACUAUCACCUGGUGAGUGGACCGUAAAUGUGAAGCAAGACACGAAUGAUUACCGUAAACCUCCGUUUGAUAAGCCCCGGGCUUUAUACAUCUUCGUAAGGCUUUUCACGGGGGGCUCUCGAACAGAGAAGCGUAAAUUCGGGGGGAGGAGGCUUAGUAGUGUAGUACAUACAACGGACCACAUACAGAGCAAACCGGCGAAGGGAGGGGGGGUGGGGUUGACCAGGGGGCUUAUAACCGAAAUAACGAAACAAGAUAUAAUAGUGCUGAUUAAAAUUCGUUCUGCAUUUAUUGGUUUUUAAUUUUAAAAGCUUCUAAACUUCAUUAAAAAUUCAAACGUCAUGAUCAUUUCAAUACAGGCUCGAUGGGGGCUUCAGAUGUUCUUUUUUGUUCACAAUUAGAUGGGCCCGUGCAUAAAUGGAGACUUGAGAGUAAGGAGUUUAUAAGCGGCAAUUUACGGUAGUCAAUGUAGGUCCAAAUGGCUAGAACACGAAAGGGAAAGAAUUUCUCUUUCAUCGACAUCACCUUUUUCUUCACUAGGUAUGUUGAGGCGGUAUUUCCCGGAGAGUAUGGAAUCCCCAAACCAUUCUACUUUCCAAGUAUGCCGUCAUAUUGGUGUGGUUUUAGCAGCCCCAAGGUAAAUCCCGACAAGUGACAACAGGAAGGAGGAGUCGUUACGUCACGUUGCCAUGGUAGCAAAACUUUUGGAUGACAACAAACCGAAAAAGUCACCUAAAAGUCUAUUGGCACUAUUUUAAACUUCACUGAUCUUAUUCAAUUUCAUUUAAUUUGUCAAAUCUUUGCGAAAUUUUCUUUCGGACCGUAUCUAUCGUUAUCUAAGUUAAGAAAAGGAAAGCGACAAUUUUUGUAUGUGUUCACCUACUCCAUAAAGCGGGCUCUUGAAAUUAGGAAGUUUCAUGUCGUAGUGGUGUAACGCCAAAUGUACAAAAUGGCGUGAUGCACGUGCAAAGUUGUUGAUUGUUAAUAUAAACAUAUUAUUUUUUGCCGUUCCGCCUUGCCGUCGUCGCUGGUUUUGUUGUCAUCCAGAAACAAGUCCAUACUACCAUGGUAACGUGACGUCACACUUCUCCUGACCUCCCUAUUAGAAAGUUCCUAAGGAGGAAGGAUUGAUUAUGAAAAUAAUUAUGCUGAGAGUACCUUAACAAAUGAAUCCGUCAAGUACUACUGUGCCUAUUGACGGAGGCUUAAAGUAUAGAACUUGAAUGUUGAAGAAAUAAAUUUCUGUGCUAGUAUUAAGAAUGUUUUUUCCUCGUUUGUUUUAGCUGAAGUGCCCGUGCGACAGUGAGGUAUGUCCAAAUAAAAAAUGAAUUUCAUGAUCGUACUUUCUGUCACUCUGCCAGGCGCGGUUAUGAAACAGGUCAAGUGGCUGUUGAUGUCUACUGCAAUGUCUGUGGAAACGUCAAUUGGCACCAUGAACAGCCUAGACUGCAAAACAGUCCGUAUUUUCGCCUAGGUUAAGUGCGCGCGCGUGAUCUGUGAAAGAAAAGGCCGGGAGUGAGGAUAAAAGUGGAGAGUGAGACUGAGGAGAGACGUGAAAGAGAGAUACGUUUUUCUUCUCCUGCUUCACACGUGUGAGGCCCACGCGCUUUCGCGAAAAUAUCACGCAGGCCCUUUCACCUUGCAAAACUGAUCUUGAGGAAAAACCCGACUGUUUUUCAGUCUACCAACAGCCCUAUUAAAAACUACACUCACCCAGAUAAUCGUAUCCAAACUAAAACUUACGCGCCAUUUAUAUGGAGAGAAAUUGUCCCGGGAACGAGGGUCACCAUCCCAGCCGAGUCAACGUAAGCGAGCGGUCACUGGAGAAAAAAAGUUGACCCAUUCAUCCCAUCCAAGAGCUGACAACGGUGCUCGCACCUUGACCGAGUUGACCCGGCUUGGCGAGUUAGUAUGUUUAUGUGGAGAAAAGUUGGCCCAGCUGCGAGGGUGACACUGCCGUCAAAUAAGGGUGACCCGGAAAAACGUGUGACCCUGCUGUCAAAUAAGGGUGACCCGGAAAAACGUGUGAACCCUGCCGUCAAAUAAGGGUGACCCGGAAAAACGUGUGACCCUGCCGUCAAAUAAGGGUGACCCGGGAAAGCGGGUUACCCUGCUAUCAAAUAAGGGUGACCCGGGAAAGCAGGUUACCCUGCUAUCAAAUAAGGGUGACCCGGGAAAGUAGGUUACCCUGCUAUCAAAUAAGGGUGACCCGGGAAAGCAGGUUUACCCUGCUACCAAAUAAGGGUGACCCGGGAAAGCGGGUUACCCUGCUAUCAAAUAAGGGUGACCCCGGAAAGCAGGUUACCCUGCUAUCAAAUAAGGGUGACCCGGGAAAGCGGGUUACCCUGUCAGCCGAGCUAACUUUUGUUUCUCAUGUUCACCUGUAUACGGUUCGCCAAGUUUUCUAACUACAGGAAAUGUAGGAAAAGUUGGCUCGACCAGUGUAGCUCGAAUAUUUGAGUGACUACCCCUCCCCUAAACCAACAUUAACGCUUACUUUUCACUUAGGGCAAAAUGUUGACUUAGGGGACGGAGGGGUAGGUGGGCAGUUGCCCAGAAACGUAAAAUUAACCUUAUGGGGCAUUAACCUGUUUAGUCGUAGACUACAAUACAGCGAGUUUAGAUCUCUAACUUUUAAAUCUGCUUAAAUUUGCUGAACAGGAAAUGAAUGUGAUCUUGAAUAAUAGUGCUGAAUCUUCUGAUGACGAUGCGGAUGGAAAUGCAGAUGUUGAAGAUGAACCGGACUUGCCAGUUGGUGUUGCCAUUAAAAGGCUUCGGAAAGUUUUCAAGGUACAUGCAUGUUGUUCUUACACUAAUUGCCCCAUGCUAGGGAAUCCGGAUUCUGGAAUCGCGGAAAUUUUUGCCCGUGGAAUAAGGGGUUCCUGGGCUUUGGAAUCCGAAAUACAGCUUAAGGAAUCCCGAAUCCCAAGUCCCACUGACAAAAAAUCUGGAAUCCACGACGUGGAAUCCAGAAUCCAAGAAUGUCUUGAAUUCUCUUGCAUGGAGCGAUAUUUUCACCCUUCCCCCAUUUUUAAAUGAACAACGGUGAAGAUGUGUUUGUUGUGGCUCAAGACUUGUUAUGUACCAGACUGCUAGCAGUCUCUCUUUUUCUUCAAAAUUAGUGAGGGGAAUGUACCGCGCUCGAGUGUCGCAGUCACGCGCGUGGUCAUUUUACUAUCUCGCGCGUUUCGCUCGACAGACUAAGGGCGCCUUCCAUUUGUCAGAACUGACCGGCCAGCCCUUCCCCAUCGUAAUGAGAAUUUCACUUUUAAUCUCAACUAACCAUCCACAUCAGUCACAUCGUAAAUAUCAUGCACAAAGGAGAUGGUUUUUCAGCAAAACCUCUCCGAGAAAGCCUAUUUCAUCGCCAAAAUGUCUCGUCUGGCCAUGGUCCGGCCAGCCAGUUCUGACAUUUGGAAAGAGCCCCAAGAGAAAAUUAGGGACUGCUCGUAGUCUAGUUAUGUAUAUGUAUAAUAACGAACUUCUAGUCUACAUUUGUAACACACUUUAAGAGAAAAAUAAUUCGAUUGUUCUUUCACAUCUUCCGCUUUUAAACCUAACAUUUUACGACAUUUUUAUUCCAAAGGGAUCUUCAGGCUCGAAGGUGGCCGUAGAUGAUCUGUCGCUGAAUAUUUUCAAAGGUCAAAUAACAGCUCUUCUAGGACACAACGGCGCAGGAAAAACCACGACCAUAUCGAUGUUGACGGGACUGUUUCCGCCUACAGACGGCUCUGCUGACGUUAAUGGUUUGAGUAUCAUUUCAGACAUGGAUGCUAUUCGAGAGAGCCUUGGUUUGUGUCCCCAGCAUAAUGUACUGUUUGACAGGCUGACAGUCAAGGAGCAUCUUGAUUUCUUUAUCAGCUUAAAGGUAUGAGUUAAAGCAGCUUUCACUGAAGUUUUUUUUUCGGGCAUACGUUUUAAGCAAAGGGAAGCGAUAAAGAGUCUCGCCGAAUUCGCGAAGUUGGGGAAAAUUCAGCAGAUUUUGAGGCCUUAAAAAGUCAUUUGCGAACUUUCAUGAACCCCUCGAAACAGUGUCUCGUCACAAUUCAAACACCUCAAAGUUAGGGGUCAAAAAAGCUUGGUACAGUAAUGUUUCAUAGAACACUACUCCUAAUAAAAAUCUUUGCAUCGGCUUUGGGUUCAUCCCUUCAUCUCCUAUUUCCCCCUGCAAUGUUGUGCCCAAAAAAAGUGAGUUUUGAGUUUUGCUUAUAUCACGUUAAACAUACCGCCAUUGUGGGCCCCAUAUUUUCGGUGCUUGGUAAGUGAUAAAACACUUUUUCUCGUGUUUGCCGUAUUACUGAAGUUGUUUUGUUAGAGUUCAUCCCUUCUGAGUAACAAUUGGCUCAUUUGUAGGGCAAGUUUGGUGUAGAAGCUGUCAAUGAAGUGAACGAAAUGAUCGGUGACAUUCAGCUGGUGGAUAAGAGCAAUACUGUGUCAUCCAAACUGUCUGGAGGAAUGAAAAGAAAGUUAAGGUAUCAUAACAAACUCAUUAAAUGUUGCUUAUAGUAAUUCCAGCUGAACAAAACAGUUUUCACGGUUACAGCAAUUUCGAGAAAGGUUGUCGGAAAAAGUGCACGCGACAAUCCCGAAAGGUAUUGUGGGUGGUUUUGAAUUCACUGUUUUUCAAAGGAGUUUGAAAGAAUGACACGAGAGGCCAUGGACUUAUGUUUGCGAUUGCUAAAAGAAAGCAACAAAAGUAGGUUCGACAGCUACAGUGUCAGGAACAGUGUAUUGAUCAUAUCCCAUAUUACCUUUCGGGAUUGUCGCGUGCACAUUUCUCUUGCGACAACCUUUCUCGAAAUAGCUGUAUUUAGGAGGCAGAGUGACAGACUGGCCAGCGCGUCAGACUCACAGGUUCGAGACCCGCUCUGGUCACUUGCGAGAUUUGUUCUCGGUUGUCCCGAGUUCAAAACCUAGGCUACGCGUACACGCAGUGCCUGUAAAGUACAAUGAAUGACAAAAGGGUUGAGACACUUUCAUUAAACGGCCCCUUUUUGCACAGUGGACUUAUCUAUCCUCUCCCACUGUGUCUCCCCCCCCAAAUAAAAAACAACAACAACAACAACUGUCCAACAAAGAAUCAAACUUGUCUUUUAGACCCGGCUUUCUUCAACUGCAAACAACAUUGAUUCAGGGGUGGGGGGAUUUACAACCUUUAAACAAGAUUGGAUUAUAUAUGAAUGAACUUGUUGCAGGAGCCCAUAACCUGGAGCGAGCAACUUCCAUGCGCUCGUGUCACGGCGUUUUCACGGACCAGUUUGUUUUUAGAACGGUUUUUAUGCGAAUUUUGAAUAUCGUUUAAAUUCCACAAACCAGUCAGCAAAACCUACAGACCUAAAAAAUGAUAUUUUUUGCCUUUUAAGAAUGUUUAGUUUUCCUUUUUAAUAUCUUAUACUUCAAAUGCGCUCAUAGACAUGGUGAGAUUCUAUUUUCGCGGGAAAAAGUACCCUAAAAUGUGUCUAAAAAUAUACUGGUUCCUAAAAAUUCCGUGACAUAGGCCUAGUAUGGGAGUCGCUCGCUCCCAGUUAUGGGCUCCUGCUUGUUGCUAAAAGCGCUUGGUUUAGACAAGUAUGUUAGAGUGAUCAGCACUGAAUUUCUCCUUGUAAUAUCAAUGCUUUGUAAAACAGAGUGGUCAUGAAAAUUACAGACGUGAUGACACAAGAUGAAUUUGCUUGAUAUUUUGUCAAUUUCUCCCCAAUGCUUCUGUGGGAAAUGAACAGGGGUAACAAAUGAGAAUUCAAAUUUUGAUCCUAGGGUUUAAAGGGUUAAAACCUUGCCACUGCCUCAUAUGAAAACUAAAUAUUUUCGUAUUCUUUUCUUACAUCCGUCAUGAUUUCCUUAUUUUCUUAGCAAUGUAUCCGCGAGUUCCCCAUAGAUUGCACUUAAGGUUUUUGGGAAACUGCCCAUCUACCCCUCCCAUAAGCGACCAUUUUGCUCUAAGUGAGAAGUAAGUAUUAAUGUUAGCUUAUGGGAGGGGUAGGUGGGUAAUUUCCCAGAAACCUACAUUGAUCCGAUGUUUAUAUUCACAGUUGCGCUAUUGCCCUUAUUGGAGGAUCUGAAAUUGUUUUCUUGGAUGAGCCCACCUCGGGAAUGGACCCCUACGCCAGACGAGGCACCUGGGAUUUGCUACUGAAACACAAAGCAGGACGAACCAUCAUUUUGACCACUCACUUUAUGUAAGUGUUGCCCAGGGGCUUGAUAUACAUCGGUGGAUGUAAGAUGCGUUGUCAAAAAGCACAGUCAUCGAUACAAGAUUAAAAAAAAAUCUUAAGAAAAUUAUUUAGUUCAGAUCUUGAAAUUCCGGUCUUAAGGUGCUUAUUGCUAAUAUCAUAAAAAAAGAAGAAAAUUCCCCCGCUGUGAGUGAUUCUGGCUGUAAUUUAUAAAACGAGCAGGAGUUUAUUAUCCGGUUUAAAAAUUCGAGGCUUCAUCUCCUAUUGAUAAAACACGAUUCCGAUUUUUUUGAACGGCUUCAAAAGCUCUGAUAUAGAUUAACUAAUUCUUGCACUUAUAUUUAGAUUUGGAGUUAUUUUCCUCCAAAAAAUUGGACGUAACGUUUAGGCGUGUCUUUAUUAGCUACACUUAUUAAACAGGAAUUUCUUUUGUGUUUUGUUUUUUCUUUAUGAAUUAUUAAUGAGUUUUUGAAGCUGGAAGCGAAACAGUUUUUGAAUUCAAACAAAAAAAUAGGACGUGAAUAAACCACCCGACGGUCUUUUUUUUGUGAACUUAAGUAUGUUUUCUUAACAAUGCAGAAGGGCCAAAAGAUCAAUGGCGAUAUACCGAUUUUUGUUUUCUUUUUUCAGGGAUGAAGCAGACUUGCUUGGAGAUCGAAUCGCUAUUAUGGCUGAUGGGCAGUUACGUUGUUGUGGAAGUUCUUUGUUUCUCAAAAGCCGGUUAGCUGCAUCGUUUUUAAUUACUUGUUAUGUAACAGCAAAAUAUUUCUUAGGAUCACACUAGAAACGAAGUUAGUUACAAGUAAGCACUUGAUUCAAGUAUACUUGGAAAUCUUAAGUCGCUCUGUAGAAAACAUGGCUUCACACUUGUUGACGAAGUCUAUCACUUGAAGUUAAAGCUGUCAAUCUCUCCGAUCAUGAGAAUGUUGGAACCGCCGCACGUGCACAUCGUGCACAUGGCUUCCAUAUCUUAAGAUGAUGUUACAUGGAACGAUUCGCAACGACGAUUUUUAGCGCAACAAAGCCUUGCAACAUUGUUGCGACAUUGUUUCGAAUAGUUCCAACAUUGUUCCAACAUUGCAACGCUGUGUUGCGUUAAAAAUCGUCGUUGCGAAUUGUCUCAUAUAACAUCACCUUUAUUGGUCAAGUGUGUUCUCAAGUGUGGUGCAGACCAUAGUUCGGCUUCUUUGAACUACGAACAUUUCCAUGGUCACCCUGCAAGUAAAGUUGAAGUAGCUACAUUUUACCCCUUCGCACUCAAAGAAGGCUCCAAGUUCACUUACCUUAUACUUAAAGCUCUAGUGUGAAGCCAACAAUUACCAUCAGUGUUGUAUGUUUAUUUUAUUGAGUGCAUUUAUGCCAUAACUAGCUUUUACUGGUGUUUUUUUGGUUGCUGUUUCUAGAUAUGGCGUGGGGUAUCACUUAACUUUGGUCAAAAGAGAAAGCUGCGAUGAAGAUGCCAUCUCAAACCUGGUGAAAAGCCACGUGCCAAAAGCAGAAAUUAUCAGUGCGGUCGGUACAGAAAUCCAGUUUGUUCUGACUAGUGAAAGCUCACAGAAUUUUGAGGCGCUUUUCUCGGAGUUAGAAAGUGAGUAAUUUUUCACCUAGUCAGAGAUGUUAUAUUUUCCAUUUCAAAAUUUAAAACGCGCUCUUUUAGCUGUCUGUAUGUUUGAAAUACUUCCCUGCUUCCUCAAUGGCUACGUUCUCGUAAGGUUUUUCAAUUUCUCAAUGUUCAAGCCUUAGAAAACAGCCGACAUUUUGCAACGCCUUCACUGGUUUCUACGCGACAUAACGACCAAGAAAAGCGGGCAGAAAUUCCAUAAUGAUGACGCGUCACUCUGGGUAGUGCUUUUGAUUGGUCGUGCCGCGUGGGAAAUUUGCUUCAACCAAUCAGAAGCACUACCCAGAUCUAGGUAGCGACGCAUCGUCACUAUGGAAUUAAUACGCUCGUUUGUCAGACGUCAUUUCUCGGGGAAACCAGUGGUAGUGUCGCCAUAUGCCGGCUGUUUUCUCAGACUGUGGAUGGUUCAAUCAUAUGUUAUUCUAAAGCUUCGGAUCAGUAUUCGGGUAUAUGUACGACUUAUAAUCGGUCGGUAUGACGCCCAGUGAUGUAUUCGCAUCAACUAAUACGCAUACUUUGUCUCCAGACAAUCUAGAACAAUAUGGAGUAACAAGUUUCGGCGUCUCGGUGACAACAUUAGAGGAAGUGUUCAUGAAAGUUGGGGAAGGUGCUGAGAAAACACUACAUGACCAGUAAGUAUUCUAUAUCUUAGAAAAGCUUAGAAUUUGUAAAAAAUCGUAAAUCGUUUUCUCAUGUCUGUUGUAUUGCUGUAUCGAUGGCAAAGCAAUGGCGGCGGUAUGUGUGUUAUCCUGUAGGAGUUCCACUCCAUAUCUUGGAUAAAAACAAAAAUAAACUAAAACAGCUGCUGUUCACAUGAGUGAAAAUGCUCUAUACGUGUUGUUUUCGCACAACAGUAAAACGUAAGUUACCCUUGAAGCCCUUGUCAACAUUUUCGUGGUAGUUCUUCACAGUGAUAUAACCAAUUUAUACAAAACCACUCUGUAGCUUUGCUCUGAUCACCCAAAAUACGAGUUCGCACAAAGACACCUUAUAGUAUUCUAUGUCUCCUUUUUUAGAGUUGUCGAUCAAAAACAUCGUGGUGAACAAGUAUCUGGUGGAGCAAGCCAAAUUCCUAUACCUGAGGCUGACGCAAGCUCAGUCGGAGGUAAGUUUGUAUAAUUUCCGUCUGUAGUAAUCGGAAGUUGAAGCUACACUUGCACUGGACAAGUUUUCCAACUCACUUGAAGUCUUUUUGCAAGAUUUCAGUCGAAACGCAUGACUAUGGCUGACGUUGAUUCUUCGAAUUUCAUUUUUGCGUUCUGAAAUUGUCGUACUCUUGCAAGGUUCUUGCUGUUUGUUGAUAACUCGAAUCAGUAGAAACCAACUAGCAUACUAUCAUGAAUUCUGCACUCUGAUUGGCCAACGUACUCUCCAUCCAGUUCUAUCUACAGGCCAUUUGCAUGAUGGCAUCAUUUUACUACUACGACCAGAAUCCUUUUCGUUUUUCUAUACAUGUUUGAAUUUGGUAAUCGCAGCGAGAUUUAAAUGACAAAAGCCGUAAUUUGCACAAGAAAGGAAAACCCUGAUGGAUUCUGGUCGUACUAGUAAAUGAUGUCAUCGUGCAAAUGGCCCAUUUCGUGAAAGAAAGUGAGAAGGGAGCCGACGCUUUGAACAAAAAUAAGACAAUGGCAACUUCUUUGGCAAAUUGUUUUUAAAAUUUUCUGACGAAAAAGUAGUUAAACUUAAAAAUGAUGCGCCUCCAUAAAAGACGGAAUUAACAUUUUAAAUGGAAAGAAAUACAAAUUUAGUUGUUUAUUUAUGACAAUCAAUCAAUCAAUCAGUCAGUGAUUUAUUUUAACACGUUACAUCGAGGAGCUAAAAAACUCGUUCAAAAUACGAACGUGUAUAAAUGAAUCUAUAAUAAUUACAGCUAUAAAAUGAUAUUAUUCUAUUUUAAAAACAACUCAAUAAAUAUAUAAAAACUUAACAAUAAAGACAUAAAAUAUAAAAAGCUAAAACCUACUAAAAACUAUAUACAAAAACGUGAAAGGAAAACUGCAAGACACGUUCUAAAAAGCUACAAUCUUGCAAUUUACUUUUGAAGUCAUUUGCAUACUUGAGAGGGCGAACUGUUCCAUAACUUAGUUGAUAAAUAAGUCAAAACUUUUCCUUUUAAAUUUAGCUGGAUUAAAAUUAGGUAAUUCCAAAUUCGAGCCCUCGCCUCAUAGCCCAUACGGUGCAUGCCAUUAUUUAAAAAGGUUUCUAAUAUAAGUGAGUCCCGUACCACUUAAGCAUUUGAAAAAAAGUAUUAACGCCUGAUGUAAGCCCCUACAAUAUAAGGAUUUCAUGCUAGCCGUGGUGAGCAGCUCAUCAUACGAAAUUGACUUCUUGGUCCGAUUAAUGGUCUCAAAAUAUAACAGUUGGCAUCUUCCAGUCGAUUGCGUUGACCUUUGCUUAUGCCUACAAACAAACGACCCUUUCGGGAAUGCAGUUCAAAGGCUUGUUUUCAUGUAUUUUCAUCAAACCUUGGUAUACUAAACUGAAUCAGUUAGAAUACUCCUCGUGUCAAAGGGCGCAACUCAGCGCUACGAGCCUCGCUGACUAUUAAGUCAUAGAAAUUCGAACGCGUAGGUCCUUGCGGCUAGUCAUUCACGUGCUACAAAACCCGCCAUGCUGGAGAGCAAGACACGCACUGGGAGAAAACAAAGUGAAAAAAAAAAGGAAACCGUUUUACAGCAAGGAGCCCAAAAGUGUGACCUCCUUUAUUCACUCACAUUCUUUCAUGCAGACAUUAACCAAUCAGAAGUCGAGGACAGUUUCCAGCUGGCUUCUGAUUGGAUUAAAUCUGUACGAAAGAAUGUGAAUAAAUCAAAAGCUGUUACACUUUUGGGUUUCUUACUGUUAAUGAUGUGGGCUGUUUGAGUUUUCUGUCCCAGUGGGUCCUGCGGUUUUGUACCACGUGAAUAACUAGCUGCACUGAAAGGGCCUAUUGUUAAUUAAUCAGGAAACGAAGACUAAGGGACACUUUUCAAUCGAGCAUUGAACUUGAUAUGUGUAAUUUUCUUGACAGAAUUUAACACAGGAUUAAGCCUGAAAUGGCAGCAAUACAAGGCAAUGCUGUUAAAACGUUUUCUGAAUGCUAGGCGAGAGAAGAAACUGGUUUUAACCCAGCUGAUACUACCUUUGUUGAUGGUUUGCUUGGCAUUACUGCUUAUAAAGACUCUUCAGGAACCAAUGCAGAAUGAGCCUCCACGCAUACUGAACUUAUCCAAUUUGAGCAUUAAAGGGGCUCCCAACACUGGCUUCUACGCUGACUUCCGUCCUAACGUUGAUCCUGACAAAAAGAACGCACUUUUUGAAGUGAGUUGGAGGUUCCCGCGUUCUUUGAUAGAGACCUUUAGAUUCAAGGAUGAUGACGACUAGGAGUACGAGAUUUGGCUUAGAGUUUUUCGCACAUUCUCAAAAUAUAGACUUCCCGGAAAGCUUCAUUUUACCAUUUUUGACUAGAAAGUUAGCACUGUUACCUUUAGUGAAGGAGGUUAUACCCUCUCUCGAUCGUAAAAUUAUAAAACUUCUAACAUUUGAUUACUUGUUUCCGCCACUUCGACAUUCUCGCUAAAACUCGUGGUAGAGUGAAGACGGCUACCACGUUUUCCCGCCAAAAUGAGGCUGGUUCACGCGCGUGCACUCACUACUAAGUAUUGAGGAAAUCUCGUACUCGUUGUCGUACUUGUCUUGGAAUCUAUUAAAGGCUCUCUAUAUUUUAGUUUUAAGCUGUGUUCACACUUUACCGGAAGGCUUUGGCGCCCACACGAAAACCAUACCGGAGAGGGCUUCUGUUCCCGCUUACGAACAGUGAUUUCGGCGCGAUUUCUGUAACAGUAGGGACUUUUAGAUCCAACGACGCGACAGCAACGAGAACGUCGCUUAAAAAGUGAAUUUGAGUUCUUACAGUCUUUAUAGCGAUUAUUCCUACCCACUUACUUUGUCAAAUGUAGGCGAACCCUCCUGAAGGUGAAUUUCAAAUGACCAUAUUCAAGCUCAGAAAGAGAAAUAAAAUUUCAUCGUUGCUUGUUUACGUCCUCCAUAAAACGUGAAUUUAGGCAUUUUCACGUCGUAAUCGUGCAAAAACGGGAAAGAAAGGUACAAAAAAGUGUGAUGCACGUGCAAAGUUGUUGUUUUGCUUAUUAAACGUAUUGUUUUUGUGACGUUCUCAUCGCCGUCCGCGUCGUUGGAUCUUAAAGUCCCUAGUGCGAAGCUGCAUAGAUGUCUAGCGGUCCGUUGUAUUAUAGAGUCUAACAUAAGUUUGAUAGGUUAUCCUACUUUUUUGACGUGAGUUGGAGAUUUCCUCGUUCCUUAACGUCUUUUUCGGGUACUAAAUGAACCAAAGAAAUAUUGACUGGAGAUCUGUAGGCGCCAAUAUCUUAUCGCAAUUGUGAAAUGAAACAAUCAGCAGAUAUUUGAAUCAAAAUUUUAAUGAAUAAUACUUAUUAUCAUUCGUUGUACAAAUAAUGGUCUGCUCAUGCGCACUGUAAUCCAGAUCAAUUAUUUGCCAAAGGUGAAGGCAAGUAAUUGAUCUGCUCGCCCUGAUAAAUCACAAUAUUUUGCUCAACCUGGUGCAAUAAUUGUUAAUUAGUCUGCAUGGGGGAAUAACUGUAUCAAAAGUUAAAUCUACGGUUAAAUAAUUCAUCAACCCUGUUGUCUUGUCACGUGUUGAGCUGAGGCGUAGCUUGAGAUUUUGAAUUUAGGGUCCCGGAAAUGUCGUUUCCUGCGUUUUCCGCAGGACAUUUUCAGUAAAUAAAUACAAAGGAAAAUGAAACAGUUACUUGUUUAUUUUACCUAUCUCUAGCAUUAUGGAAUAAUACUGAAAAUGAUAAAGGAUAUACUAACAGAAAGACACAAUAUAAUGCGAAAAAUUAAACAGUCUCCCCAUUGUAAUGAUAAAAAUGUUUUCAGGAAAAAAAUUAAAAAUACAUUUUUUUUCCAGAUUGCAGCUUUACGCACGGGUGUGUGUGCUUAUAUGGGCGUUACCCUUCUGUUGAGGUUUACAAAGGCGCGCAUGUGACUUAAAUAAUACCUUUUCAUUUGUCAUAAAGAUCUGUUGUAUAAUAAAGGCUAACAUAACUCUGUUAAAAUUGUUAUUUUCAGGUGGCUUCUAAACACUUAAAGGACGUAAAAGUAACCUUGAAAGACAUUGAAUCGGAUCUUCAUAAAAUACAGAGCGGCAACCAAGGAAACAAUAUAUUGGUGGAGGGGAAAAAGUUUCAGUAUAAGGACGAUGAAAAAGACGUAUGCUGUAAUUAUGAAUUUCUGGUCCUGAAUGCCAAGUGCAAGAAAGCUGUAAGUUGCUGCCAAUCCUCAGUUUGCAACUACUUGAUGACAAGGUCAACGUGUUGCGACUGGUUAGCAAAACUAUAAAGACCUUUAGUUUCGAGGUCGAGGUCGUUCAAAAAAAAAUCAGACAUCCCGGAAAGCGUCAUCAUACUUUUUUCACCAGAGAAGCACGGUUAUUAUUUUGUUAAAUGAGGUUAACCCUUACUUGAUCGCAAAAUGAUUAAACUUCUAACAUUUGAUAACAAGUUUUCGCCACUACGAUAUUCUCGCUAAAACCCGUAGUAGAAUGACGCUGGCUAUCACAUUUUCCGGCCAAAAUAAAGCUGGCUCACGUGUGCGCACUACUUAGUAUUGAGCAAAUCUUGUUCUCGUAGUGAGUCGUCCCUGAAGGUCUCUGAUACGUUUUUUUGUAGAGUUUGUAUGACAAAAAGUCUAGCUCCAAGCAAAAGGAAACUCUUUAAUUUGUUUUUGUCAGCACAUGACCUUCACACGUCUGCUGGAAUCCAAAAAUUCCUAAAUAUAAAACUGCAAUUGCACUUUUCUUCAUUUGAAUUUUCAAUAGAAGGUUCUAGGUUUCUUUGAUUCCAGUUUCCUUAGGUGUGAAUUUUCUUAGUUCAUUUGAAUUUUUAAUCUUAGCCUUUGUCAUUAUGACAAAUAAUAAUAAUAAUAAUAAUAAUAAUAAUAAGAAGAAGAAGAAGAAGAAGAAGAACAAAAACAAUCCUAUAUAUUAUAAGUGAAGAAAGAGAAAACUAUUCAUUUACAAAUUCUAAAAAAUAGAAGUAACUUAACCUUACAUAAAAGAAGAGGAAAUAGAUAUAAUCAAUAAUAAAAGUUCAAAAUUCUAUAAAAUUAAGAAUUCCAUUAUGCAGAGAUAUCAAGAUCAUACAAUCGAAUUAUACUAAUGACGGCUAAACCAGUGUCCAUAAAAAGCCCUAAGUAUAAAAGCAUAUAGACACGUAUUUCAGAUAUCCGCACUAGCGACAUUUAUUUUACAGUCUAAUGAUUGCUCUAUCUUGCUACGAAACGGCGUUCGCGAACCUCUGACGCUUAUAAUAAUAAUAAUAAUAAAAAUAAUAAUAAUAAUAAUAAUAAUAAUAAUUCUCAAAGCAUAGGAUGUAGAACCACCGUAAUUUUGUGGCACUCUGCAUUAAAAAGGAUUAAUCUUUCUCUUUUUUUCUUUGAAGUUCACAUCAAGCGAAUUGACAGCUGAAUCUUGCAAAACGAACAAGAAUUUUGGUUACAAUUACUGUCCUAAAUGUAUCAACGACGACGGAAGGUAAUAAAUGAUAAGUAAGAAUAUCGGAUCGUAGCAAUGUUUAUCACUCUCUUCGAAACACGCCUUUGCAUUGUUGAUUGAAAUACGUUUCGCAUUUACUGGUAUUUAUAUAAGCUUCAAACGACAUAGUAAGUCGAAUUCAAGGAAAGAAAAGGUACAGGGGGGCUUUUGUCCGGAGGGGAGGUAUAAUUGGAUGGGAUCAUAAUCGGAUGUAUUUUUUGCUUACAUGUAGAUGGGCUUAUUACUAGGGGAGGGGGGAUAAGUGGUGUCGCUCAUGAGCGGUAGUUUACGGUAUUCUUUUGUUAAUAGGGCGCUUAUGGUGAUGUUACGUUUUCAAAAAUACCCGGAUACGUGUAGACGGGGCCUAAACUUAUUGCUUUUUUGCCUUUCUCGUUGCCGUCGCCGUCGCCGUCGCCGUCGUGAUUGCUUAAGCUUUUAAGCCCCCAGAUCCACAUACAAAUUCCCGAGACUGAUCUUCAUACAUUUCUUUUGAGAGUAGUUGAGAGAAUUUGAUUUUAAAUCAAAGCGUUCUCUCUUUGGUAGUCAAUUUAGUAAUUCUCUUGAUGAUCUGCUGAUGUUGUUAAAAGAAAAUUGUUGUUGGUCACUCUUGGGCCCUGAAGAGAUAACACCCUUUUUUUCGUUUUCCUUUCAGCUCGUACUAUGAAUGCAGAAACAUAGGAAUUGGUAACACGAAAGUGAACGAUUCAAUGACAUUCUAUAAUGAAUAUGUGCUGGAAAAAAGUAAUGCUGCUGAUUAUUUUAACACACACGUUGUGGGUUUUAGCUUUGAGUCACGUGAUGGUAACUCGGCUAGUGACCUUGAAAGUAUUGACUCGACAGUGUGGUAUAGCAGUAAGGUGGGUACGAUAGACAGGACACCUUAUGAAGUUUACACAUUGUAGUAUUCCUUAUCGCUCCCAUGACGUCACGUUCGCCAUAUUGGUGUCACAAGGUAGUGAAACGGCGGCCAUUUUGUUGUUUGAAAGCACGGUCCUGCGGGAGUUGGACUUUUUUCUUAUGUUUAAACCUUUUUUAGUUCCAAUAAAAAUUUUAGUUAGCUUUUGAUUAGUUUAGAAGCAAUAAAGAAAACUAGCAAGUUUCGAGUUACGUCAAAAAGAACGCAAUAAUGAUCCCUAGCCCUUACUCAACAAGACGCUACGGAGCGUACACUUCGGCGUCGUGGUUGUGGAACUAAUUAAUUGUAAAUGCGGAGGAAUAGUAAGAAAUCAAAUAUGGUAAGAGUAAGGUGUGAAAUUAUGGGAUUUGUCAGGAUAUUCUGAAAAGAGCAACAUGCAAGAGGCCUACUUGCCAAAAACUAGCAUUUCAGGACAAAUUGUCUCCGCGAAAUUCGCCCAGUUAUGCUCUGAUGACUCCAUACAAAUCCUUCUAAAAAACAAUUCUCUAUUUCUCUUAGUCACAUCAGGCUUCAAAAACAGCAUAGCAGUCUCAUGUACCGAUUAAAGAUAUGUAAGGCAUGGGUAAGGAGUCAAUUACGUUGAGCAUGGAAUUGGCUAAAACUCAAAGUCACGAGUUCGAAUGUUUUGAGGAUAAUUAUUCACUGACUAUCAGCACGCAGGGAUGUCGGAUUAAUACAAGGAAGUUUAACACCAAAGGAACAUAACCUUUACAGAGCUUUAAAACACAGCAUCCGCCAACACAAACUUGACUUGAACUUUGAGUAAAACUAAACAGCCUCUACCAAUAAUAACAAACUCUCACUUGAACUUCAGAUAUCUUACGGCUUCCGCGAACUUGCAAACACAGAACCUGAAAAUCGACCUUCGUCACACUUGACUAGACAGAGCAGUCCAGCUCGUGGGAAAAAACAUAGUUUGUCAAAAGAACUCGCUUGGAACUUGUAUACCGUUUGACGUAAGGUUCUAGAAAAUACUAAACAGGCGAAUAGUAGUAGCUUUUCGACAUAUUUUAUGAUUUCAGUAAGUGAUGCAAAUCUGCUGACUCAUGCUGAAAUGUAAACAUGCCCUAAUUAAUUAUUCAUGGCUAAUCCAAAAACGUAGAGAACGUUCGAGAAAGUCACGCAACGCAUGAAAGCAAUUUUACUACGUAACACUCAACAAAGACAAAAUGUCUUUGUGCAGCAUUUUGUAACUUUAAACUCAUCAUAAAACAGUUCGAAAGGAGGGCUCACUGGUGAAAUGUUUUUCAACACUCGAAGAGAAAUUUCGUGUCUCUGCGCGGCCACGAAAUAUCCUCUAUUUAUUCCUCGAGUAAUUAAAGACUAAACUCGAAGUGAUCUCAAGAUAUCACGAAGUAGUCCGAUCUCAUUUCGUGAAAUAGUUGAAACAAGCCGAAAAGUCACGAACUUGCACGCCCAAUCUUGUCCCCAAACUAGUGCAUCAUUUCAUAACUAUUUUUCAUCUCCCAAACUACCUUGGGUCGCAAUAGUGCAAUCGGCUAAUCGCUCAACUUGAACUGACGGGUCACAAUGGUGAGUCGGUUCAAACCCCGGGAAGGCCAAAAUAGUGAUUCUUUCUUCCUCGAAAAAGUUAAAGAAUAAAUCAAAGAAAUCGAAGUGAUCUCGAGAUAUCUCGAACUAAUUCGGCUCUCAUUUCGUCAAAUAGCCGAAAAGAGCCGAAAACCUACAGACUUUGCUUGCCCAAUCUUGUCAAAAAAUUGCAACUUUGAUACAUUCCUGUGCGUCGCGAAUCCUUUACUUCGCGCUCCGCCGAAGUAAUAACACAAUAAACUUCACACAAAAGAACGACACAAAAGUGCAUAUAUUGACUUGGUACUCUAUCGAGCAUCACCCAUUCGAACUUCAUAAGUUGCUCAAGAGGUUUUACGGCGAUCUAGACUAAUGCCUAUCUUUUGCGACUUAAUUACAAAAUAGUUGUUCUAGAGUGUUAAAAAAAAAUAAAUAAAUAAACGUGCUAGAAAAUUUCAAAUUCUUCACAUUAUUUAAAUAUGUGAGAACUCUUGUACGUGUAGACAAGCUGUCAUUGCUAAAAUGUCCUAUAAACCUUUUCCACAUUCCUGUAAACAAUGGCAUCAAGUCGAGGCUCGGAUGGACAAACUACAGCGAUUUGUAUGAAAUUGUCCAUCCGAGCCUCGACUUCAUUUUUUCUAUGUUUGCUCACUGGAGCGGAAUGCGGGAAAGGUCUUUUGGCGUUUUAGUAUGUGGAUUUGCUGAUGUAUUUUUAAUUAUUUAUUUAUAUAUUUAUUUAUGUGUUAAACUUUGUACGUAUUGUUUUGAUCAGGGCUAUCACACAAAACCAGAUGCCCUGAGUGCUUUGGUGAACGUUCUGUUGGCCUACAGCAAGAAAGAUGACUCAUAUCACAUUGAGACCAUUAACUAUCCUCUGCCACUCAAUUCCGAACAGCGGGUAAUUUCCUUAGCAUAAUUGCCUUCUUGAUAAUGAUAGAUAAUAAAUAUUUCUUUUUCGCACUUUCUAUGUUAUGAUGCCAAAUAGUAACAUUAUAAAGAAUUUCGGACGAAUGUGUUAUGUACAAAAAGCCGUGUAUCGCAAAAGUAGAAAAAGGGUUUCAUGUUAUCGUGUCCAUUUAUCGUAAAAAAUGAUUUUAAGAAUUGAAAUAAAAUUGCCAUCAGUUUUUUGUCCUUCCUCUGAAUAAUAACAUGUCUUAAGCACUCAAGAGUGUCUUGUUGUCUUGUUAGAAAAGAUGUUUCUUUUGUCAGCAGGUAUCUUGGGUCACCAGAAAGUCAUUUGUUUUAUUCCCUUAAGCCUCAUCCACACGUAGCUUAUUCGAAUCGUUUCCGCCCGUCCACACAUAAAGGCGAAAACGAUGGAGAUACGACUGCAUGCCUUACGGUGCACGCGUUGUAAGCCGGCGUUUUAAAAAAACGCCACUCUGGGAUCGUUUUUUGAUGCCCGAAAACGCCUUUUACGUGUGGACGGAAGGCUAAAACGGAGGAAAAAAUCUUCAUUUUCAAAAAUAUCAGGAUACGUGCUUUCUUAAGCAAAUUCCUUCGUGGAUUCUUGCAAUGACCUGCUAUGCUAAUCAUGUUAUGAAAUAAUAAUUAGGAUUGUUUGUUACUUCUUCUUAUAACUCAUUCAAAACCUUCGUGUGUUUUGUUCUCUUCAGACUCAAAAUUUCUCAGCUGUCAUAAGCUCGGCGUUUUUCCUUGCUAUACUGUUAGCUUUCGCUGUGGCGUUUCUUGCAGCAAGUUUCGUGCCAUUUUUGGUGAAGGAGAAAAGUUCAAAGGUUUGGUUGACUUUUGUACAUUGAAUGUUUUGGUUCAUUUGUGCGCAUGUAAAUAAUGCGUCUAUGGCCGUUUUUAUACUAAGGACGCAUUAUCCGUCUAGACGAACUUGGGCAAACAUUCUGUAGUUCGUCUGGUUAUGCGUCUUAAGUAUAACGACGGGCAAAAGACGCAUUAUGCGUCUGGACGAACUUUCCUUCGAAAUACGUCUUAAACGAAGCGCUACGAAAGGUAGUUCGUCUGGACGCGUAAUGCGUCUUAUGCCUGUCUUUAUACUAUAGACGCGUUACCAGACGAACUACAAAAUAUUUGCCCAAGUUCUUCCAGACGCAUAAUGCGUCCUUAGUAUAAAAACGGCCAUUCUCUUGAACGUCGAUGAGUUAGCACGCGCGAGCUGCGAGCGGCGAAGCCAAAGGCGCUAGAAAUUAGGGCGGUUUGGCUAAAAGCUAAACUCGGCAAUUCGAAGAGAAAAGGAGGAGCGGAUGCGCGGUUAUCAUGGUCGAGUUCUUUUCGACAAUUACCUUUGUCUAGAAUUCGCCGUAUCAGCGAAGUGUUCACUUGACUAACAAUCACUGCGGUUCCCUUUCUUGUGUUCGUGCAGGCAAAACAUCUCCAAUUUGUAAGCGGCGUAGACGCCGUCUCCUUUUGGCUGGCCACCUAUUCGUGGGACUUCAUCAACUAUUUAUUUCCACUGCUUGGAAUUAUGAUCAUGUUUGCAGCUUUUCAAGUAGAUUCACUGAAGAAUGAUCUUGGUGCAGUUUUUCUGUUAUUGGUAAUGACAACACCAGUUAGUUUGGUCCAGGCGUCCAGAUAGUGGCGGAUGGCGCAAAGCGACUAAAGUGGGCAGGAAAAAAGGAGAGAGGGCGAUAGAAUGUCGUUCUCUCUUUUUGUCCACUCCCUCUCUACCGUUUACUAUUUCGAGUUACUCUCCAUUAUCUCGAAGCCAAGAACAGGCUGCUAUAAUUAAAUUUUGAAUUUUCAGGUUUGACAAACACCCAACCGUGCAUACAUUUUUAGCGGUUAAUUUUCUGUGCGAUUGCACGUGAUUACAGCCAUUAAUGAGAGGUUUUUAAGGAUUUUUUUAAAUAUAAAAUUGAUCAAUAGGUCUACUUUCUCUUGAAUAUUUCCUCGAGCGUCACCGUUUGAAUUGCGUGGCGUCAUUUAAAGAAAGUCGAUUUCCGCCAUCAGGCGGUACUAAAUGACGUUCUCAUAGUUCAAAAUGGCGACCCACGGAAGUUUUGGCCAUAUCCACACGAAUUCGCACAUUUUUGAAACCGCAUAUUUUUUUUAUCCGGAUUCGUGUGGACGGGGCCUUAUUCGUGUUUCUAGUACAUUCAAUUUUGUAUCCAUUAGAAAAACAGUUACACGUUAAAAGUUAUUUCUAUCAAGUUAGCUCUUCUUCUUGACAAAGGAUUUGCCCUAAAUUAAUGUAAUGCACUGCUUAGUACACAAAACUGAGUUUCUGUUUUCCUUUAUUUUUUAGCUUCUUUUAGGGUUGUGUAUGCUGCCAUUCGUCUAUUUGGUUUCAUUCCUGUUCAAGGGGCCGCUUGCAGCCUACUCGACGACCGUUUUUGUCCUAUCUGUUGUCAGUAUGGUAAGACCAGUCACCUAUAUAGGUAAUAUAGUUGAAUUUACUCAACUAAACAGGGACUAUCAUUGGUUGAUUGUUGGUCAAGUGACCUUGACAAAAUUCGAAUGCAUCCCGACCGUGAUACAAUUCAGUAAUUGACCACUCCAGAAAAUACCAUAACAUACCAUAAUAUUCUUUGUUUUUAACCCCCAAAUUUUGCAUAAGCAUUGUUUUCAGUUUCUCUUGGGGCCUUUUCAACUCCCAAGAGAAACUGAAGACAAUGCUUAUGCAAAAUUUUAGGGUGACAAACAAAGAGUAUUAUGGUCUGUCUGUUAUGGUAUUUUCUGGAGUGGUCAAUUGUACCCCGCACGUGAUAGAACAGCGUGUGAUCAAAGCAUGCUGGACAGUUGUGUUACCACCAUGGCGAGAGAAACGCGGCCAGUUUUCACGUUCGAGAAUGAACGCAACAACAUCAUGAAGCCUGAAGCUUAAAAGCACUUAGUAUUUUCGAAGUCAUCCAAGUUGAGAUGCAGAGUAUUUUUGUGGAAAAAUCAGCAGGGACAUACUCACCCUUGCAUGCAGGAGAUUAAAUGUCUUCUUUGCUGAAAAGCACUUCUUCUUAGUGGUUGUAACUCGGCCUUCCAUACAACCAGCGCCCUCCCUCCCCCCCCCCUCACCGUCAAUUAAUAAUAUGAAGUAAUUUUGGUUUUGUGGGGGCAUAACAAUGAUUUUUCCUUUUUUCAUUUUAGGCAUUUCUGAUAACAAACAAUAUCCUCACUUUUAACGGUCAGAAAGACGAUGCUGAUAUUGUUCACUAUAUCGGUCUGUUAUUUCCAACCUACUCGUAAGUUUGCCUUUUUUUUGACAUAUUUACCUUUAUUUCAGUGUGUUGGUCUUGAGUCAUAUUCUUCUCUCCUGUAAUACUAAACGGAAGAGUCAUAUAAUCGGAGAGAAAAUUUGAAAAUCUGGCGGGAAAUUUGAACGUUUCAAAAACAUAAAAAAAUCUAAAAAUGUCUAGUUGAGUUUAAAUCGCAUGGGUUCUCGUUUUAACCCAGGUAGCCCAAGCUCGAAAUAUGACCAUCAGCACUGUUGCGUAACGUUCAAAAUGUAAGGAUUUGUAUGGGAGAAGAAAUAAUUGUUUCUGUAGCCUACGGAUGUGAAAGGAUUUAAAUAAAAAUCGGCUAACCUUCUUCUUUCCUGUUUGGUUUCCAAGCUGAUAUAUGGCCAUUUAAUGAGUUUUGUGGGAACCAGUUUGCUCUCUCGAAUGGAAAGGAUUAUAGAGACCUAUAGAAAGAUAUAUAGCCAUUUAAAAAUAUUGCGAGCCUGGGCCACUUGUAGUUCAGUUUAAUAAAAACCUAAAAUCUUUAGGUCAGGGCACUAUAAAUUAAGUAAUUAUGAACAUUCUUUGUUUUCGUUUAAUAACAGCCUUUCUGCCAGUAUCAUGGACAUCAGUCAAAACAAUAUGAAUCGAAAACACUGCCAGCCCGAGUAAGUAAACAAUCCCCUGUUCAUUUUUUUAGUGCCUUUUAUAUUAAAUUUGUCUUGGAAAUACAUUCACAUGCACUUAAAUAAACCCACUUCUCGAGUUUCAUUUCUAGUAAUUAGCUCCUUUGCACACGCUUGGAUUUCACUUAGUAAUAGUUCGAUCGGGGGGGGGGGGUACCCCUGGGAAUUCUUGGUGGGGGUGUGCCGCCCGGUUCUCCAAAUCCCGACCCUCAAAAAAUUCCGGUCUUUUUCACACCCAUUCUCACACCUGGCCUUUAAGAAAUUUUGUCAUCAUUACUUAGAUUAGAACAGCAACAAAAAAUAUUUCUUAAAAUUCAUUUCGAAUUCGCAGAUUUCUCUUUCUUUCUUAUUCGUUUGGAAUGAAACAAUAAAUACGUUCGUGUAUUCCCCUAGUUCCCUUGCAAACCAUAUCCGAUUCCAGACCAAAAUGAACAAAGUCUAUACCCGUUUUGAGACCCCCCGCGGGAGGGGGUUUGCUUUUGCUGUAUGGCAAGCCAUCACAAAGCUUUGAAUGUUAUCAGUCGAAGCCUUCCUGGGUUAAUUUAAACGUCCUUUAGGCCUUCUUGCCCUGUCAUUUCGUUUAAUUUUCAACAUAAUUAAAACUGUAAAUUGUAAUUUGUUUACCCACUAAGCACUAAGGAGUUCUUAAAAACUCGUUUAAGCGUGUCCGCGCGUUCCAGAUCGAAUUGGAAUUUGGAAGUAUUGGUUUUUGAGGAGAGGUCAAAACCAGAGUACCCGGAGAAAAACCUCUCGGAACAAAGGAAAGAACCAACAACAAACUCAACCCACAUAUGGCUUCGAUGCUGAGCUUUAAAGUUGGGCCACAAUGGUGGGAGGCGAGUGCUCUCACCACUGCGUCACCAUUGCUCUCCUAACUAGCCAGGAAUGGUUCACUGACUCGAUCGCAAUCAAAGCUUUGUGAUUGGAAUGAACGCUUGGAUGGCGUGCCAUCCAGAGAGCCGUUGCUAAGUGGUAUCCAAGCACGUGACCAAUUUCUGAAAAGGAAUUAUUCUUACUCUUACCUUAAACCUGUCAUUGACUCUGCAGACCUGGCAUUCCUUGCUCGUGGACAAAAAAUGUUCUUGAUUGGGACCGUCCAGGGGUGGGUCAGGCUACAUUGUACAUGUUCGUGGAGGCGAUUGUUUUGUUCCUAUUCAUUCUCCUUAUUGAGGUAAUCAUUUCGCUAGACUGUUCGUCACGCCUUAUUUUUUCGUGCGAUUGUUAAGUGCGAACACGUCUUUUAAAAGGCUGUCACUUGAUUUGGCACGGUGAAAUGCUUAUUUCCAGAAAUAUCCAUAUCUCCCGAAGGCACUUUUGUUUAGACGACCCAACCCAAUGUACUUGCCAUUGCCCAUCGCCCCUGGAAUUUCCAUGAUUUUCCCACUUGGUUGGAUAUCCCCUGGAAAGAAUAUUUCUGUCAAAAAUGCCGAUGCACUGUACUUCAAUCUAUGCCAUCUCCUUCCCCUCGGAUAUCGCCGCCUUUUGGACCCCCUUCCCCCCUUCCUCAGAAUAUCCUUUGUCCUUAGUUGGCGUGUAUGGAUAUUUUCUGGAACUACACAAUCUUGGCGAUUGCAAGUAAACCGCGUGCUUUCCCAAUAUUAUGAAGGUUUCGCUUUGGUUAUCAUUUUUAGUAAAAGAUGGUGGCUGUGGGAUUGUGAACAGACUGGUUUUUUUGCUUGAUUUUUUCAUCAGAAGUCACGAUGUUUUGGGUUUUUUUAGUAGUUGUUUAGCUUUUUUAUUAUAGCCUUGACAUAUUGGACAGUUUCGCCAACUUAAGUAGUUUGGUUUACUUUUUGCUGUCAGAGAGCGUCUGAGAAAUUGUUUUGUUUUUUUUUUAUCCACAUACCUUGUCUAAACUGUUUUUGUCUUUUGGGUCACUUGAUUUGGCUUUAAUUCUUGGGUUUGUUGUCCUAUUAAUUUCAUUUAAAUUAACUUUAUUUUUUCUCAUGUUUUCUUUCACAGAUGAACUUUUUUAUCAGUGCAAAGGUUAACAUCUCUUCAGAGCCCCAAAUGAGGAGAAAGGAAGGAGAGGUGUAAUAUUACCUGACUUUAUUUUCAGUGUUUGUAUUCGUUUCUAUACCGUGAUCAAUGCUGAAAAAAGAGCUUUGAAUUGAAGUAUAUAAACUAGUGUUUUUAGGCACUUGACUUUUUUUUAUUGUCUGCUUCCAAAACCAUAGCUAUUUUGACGAUGUGUGUUAUUUCACCAUGGAUAUGAUCAACUUAAAGUCAUUUAAUCACGGGCUAAUUGUGGCAAAAUGUCUUUGUAUUGAUGCUUGUAGUUAACUCUCGCUUUAUUAUUUAAGUUAUUUAAAUACAACUUCUUUGCCAAAUGCUGCUCAAAGUUUUCAAUUUCCUGCGUUCGACGGCGGAGAACGCAUACAAAUCGCUUAAUCCACAAAUAAUUUGAAAGUUUUCCCUUGAACGCUACAUACAGUUAAUGACUCAAAUUUAGCACCACAGAGGGUAUAACGUCAUUGCCGCGUGCAUGCAGUUCAUGAUCCUGUCGUACUUCCUUAUCCUAUCUACUACUCUUGUAUUUGUUUUAAUUACUUUUGUUCAUUUAAAACAGGACGAAGACGUUUUUAACGAGCGUGUUCGCAUAUUGUCUGACCAAGAAGGUAAUGCGGUUGAAGCUGAGGCUGUCGUACUCAAAGAUUUAACAAAGGUUUGUUAUACAAUCAAUUCAAUGUGUGCUAAAAAUAGCCCACGGGUACUUCUCUACGCAUUAAUUUGUAUCAAACGUUUCGAUGCAUAUGCCUGUUACUGACAACCCAAACCCAGGUCGGUAGAAUACCCUAAAAACCUCCUUUUCCCGCAACCCGGCCACACACCCCGCCCGCCACACCCAACCCAAACCCUAGCACAUGUCCCACUAAGACUGCAGGUUCAGUGGAUGUUUGGAGGAAAGCAACUGAGUGAACGAAACCUGAAGCUACGGGGGGUGAGAGGUGAAGGAGUAGAAAAGCAUUAAAAAGUCCAAUAUCAGCGAAUCGCAUCGAGCACUGAGGAGUGUUAUAUAUAAACUACGUGCCCGAGUGGAAAUGCACGCAUUAACUGCGCCAGAAUACCGCUGCUCUUUCAACUGCCGAAGGCCCAGUGGCGCAACAGUGGAAAGUGCCAUAAUGCUAACCUAAAAGGGCAGCCAGGCACCAAAACACACGAGCACUACGCUGCGCUGCAAUACCAAGCGCGCUUUCUCUAAGUAGUUAACCAAGCUUAAUUACAUUGAACCCUAUAAUUCACAUUUGACUUCUUUUCGCGGCUGUUCACAGGUAUAUCGAGGUACACACGUAGCUGCAGUUGAUCAUCUUUGUCUUGGUAUUCCACGUGGAGAGUGUUUUGGUCUCCUUGGUAUAAACGGUAGGUGAACCGUUGCAGAACUAGACAGUAUCCCUUCCUGUCCCCUUCCUCACCCAACUAAAUCCACAAUUAACUUUUAAUUUCGGACGCACAAGUCUGUUGAUCAAAUGGUUGGACGAGACGAUUUAUUUUAAAUGCGUACAUUAAUUAUAAGCUGUGGUUUAACGAACAAAAUUUUAUUAAGUACCAGGAGGGUUGCUUUAUCAUUGUAAAGUCCAUACAGAUUUAUCGUAUUUGUGAAAUGAAGCAAUCAGUCGAGAUCUGCAUCAAAAGUUAGUGAAUACAUGUACUCAUAUACAGAGGGUAAUUUUACUAUUCCGUAAUUCAUCAACCUUGUUGAUUUGGAAUGUUGCUUAUGGAGUUAUACAUGAGACUGACGUGCUACCUAUUGAUUGGUCGAUAUUAUAUUGAUCAACUAUUGAUUGGUCAAUAUUAUAUACUGCUCAAUAUUGAUGGGUCAUUGAUCAAUGUUUUUGAAGGUGCGGGUAAGACAACGACAUUUAGCAUGCUGACAGGAGACCUUAGCAUAACGGAAGGCACUGCUUACUUGGAUGGAUUCAACAUCCAAUCAAAUUUGAAGCAGGUACUAUAUCAUUCUAUCCAUUACAUGUUUACCUUUCUUUUCUUGCAGACCAUAGUUCACUCUCGAGUUUACCAUGAUCGCUGAUUUUUUCUCUUUAUAAGAGAGUACAAGUUUUUAAUUUUGUUUGCCCUGCCACGUAAAAUUUUCGUGUUUGUAACAGGUUCAACAGAGAAUUGGUUACUGUCCUCAGGUAUGUAAUUUAUUCAAUUUUUUAAAUUUUUCUUACGAAUGUUUAUCGGCGCUUAUAUGGCACUAGUCUCCUUCGCGGUCGUUUGUUGUGUCGUCACGCAACGGUUCUCUGCACAGUAGUGUUGUGUGACGACUCAAAAACGGCUGCGAGAGGACUCAUAUAACACUUGCUACUGAAUAAAGGGACAAUACAUUGUAUAUUGUUACAUUUUCAUUCUGCUUUCUCUGCCAGGAACUAAAUAUAAUCUUGCUGACUUCACUCUAUAGCACUCUAUGCACAGAAAAUCUUUAAAACAUUUGGAGAAACAUUUCAAGCCUGAAUGAAGUGAAUGGAGACAUUUUCAAUAAAAAUCGUAUCCAUGCAUAAACUUUACCUUUCUCGUUUGUGUUUGAUUUCAGUUCGACGCGCUAAUCGAACUUCUGACUGGACGGGAGAUGCUAACCAUGUAUGCUCGGUUGCGUGGAGUUCCAGACGAGAAGAUCAAAGGCAUUGUUUCAGACAUUAUUCAUCUUCUGCGUCUAGAGAAGUGGGCGGACUCUCUGUGUGGAAACUAUAGGUACACCCUUGGUCUUAGUGAUUGUCUUUUGCGUUAGGCCUCGAUUACAUGGAGAAAAGUUGUCCCGGGAAAGAGCCCUCCUAGCCGAGUCAACGUAAGCUACAACCAGUUCCAAAAGUACUUGAGACACUGUACCUUAUUUUGGCAUAAAUGGCCUGUCCAUGGUCUUGUGCUUGUGAUCCCCCCUCCAUCCCUCAUCAAAGUUGCUAGCAAUACAAGACCAUGCUCAAAACGCGGAGGAACAACUUUGAAUGGGAGGGAGGAGGGAGUUCAUAUCUCACCGGCCUGUGACUAGCAGCGAUUUGAAGCAUGAAAGGUUGGUAUUUCGUGGGAGUGUCUCAACAUUUUUGUAACUGGUUGUAGCGUUAAUUCAGUUUUCCCUUUUGUUAGUUCAAUAACGACACAGCAGUUCAAUAAGUACACAACAGAUCAAUAACCACACCAGUAGUUCAAUGACUACACAUCAGUUCAUUGAGCGUAAACUACAUGCAGCUGCGGGAAGAAUAUUUGUGGCUAUUCUUCCCGCAGCUGCGUGUAGUUUACGCUCAAUGAACUGAUGUGUAGUCAUUGAACUACUGGUGUGGUUAUUGAUCUGUUGUGUACUUACUGAACUGCUGUGUCUUUAUUGAACUAACAAAAAGGAAAACUCGAGCCAACAAUGCUGGCGCAUACUCUGAUAGUCUCGCCUUGGACGCGUUGAUGCGGCUGGGCGGGCUUAAGUGUUUAUAUCGAGAAAGGUUGGCCUGGCUAGGAGGAGAACCCUACACUGUGCCAUCAAAACUUAUUAACCCGCCAAGCUGGCUCACUCUUCUAGCCUAGCCAUCCCUUUUUUUUCUCAUGUAAACUGUUCGCCAAGUUUUGUAAGGAGAGUUUGUCUGGCCCAGGGUAGCUCGAGUAGGCGAGUGACCCUUCAACCCGUGACACGCUUUUCUCCGUAUAAUCGAGGCUUCAUUUUUUCCUUUUGUUGUUAAAGGUCUUUCAGAGUGAGGUGCACUUAUCAUUUGUUUUUGUCUUGUUUUUCAGCGGGGGAAACAGACGAAAGCUGAGUACAGCAAUUGCUUUGGUUGGAAAUCCACCAAUUAUAUUCCUGGUAAGCACCUUAGCACGGUAAAUUAAACUGUACAUUGUAUUGUGGUUCUUUGUUUUUUUACUGUUCUGCCUUUGGAAGGACAAAACUGCUCCCUCGAGCCGGAUUAGAAUCCGUGAGCUGGCAGCUACGGAUAGCCAAAGCUUGAGCCUUUUAGGCCAGUCUAAAGAAAUGAAAAAAAAAACCUCUGCCCUAUUAGCUCAGUAGGAUAAGCACCGAUCUACCAAGCGGGAGGUCGUAGGUUCAAACCCCAGCCGGCCCCCCAACCAGGGUCUUACAAAAAAGACUAGCGAGAUCAUGCUGGCCUUAAUCUAAGACUUUAUCCAAGGUCAGAUGAUCGCUUCAUUGGGUGGUGACGUUAAGUCGUUGGCGUUGUCUCCUCCUUUUUCCUUAUCAAUUGCACUUUAUAAAACCCACAGUGCUGUUAAAAAAAGUAGGAGACCAGAGCUAGACCCCUGUGGUGUGGUCUGUUUGUUACGGGGGAAGGGGACUGUCACAGGCCCGCAGUAAUUUGCUUCACGCUGUUGUGGUUACCCUGCCAAGAAUUGGCGAAUCUAGUGAAAAGAGAAAAGAAUUUUGAGCAGGGGUCACGGGACAGAGUUUCAAGGCUUCCUCUCUGGACUCUGCUAAUGCCUGUCUGGAUCUUCAAAGAAAAGGAAAUUACCAUUUCAAAUUAUGUAUGCCUUUUGUUGGUCUUACCCCAGUGCGACGUUUGCAUCCCAGCACGGCGGUUUUGUACCACGUGAAUGGCAAGCUACAAAGGGCCUAUUUGAAACCACUAAGAUGCUUCAUUGUUUGUUUUGUAGGAUGAACCCACCACUGGUAUGGAUCCAGUUGCCCGACGCUUUCUCUGGGAUACAUUGACAGGUGUCUUGAAAGACGGACGCUCCAUCGUGCUGACGUCACACAGGUACACGCAUCAGGGACCUUAAGAUCCGACGACGGCGAGGGCAACGAGAACGUUAAGAGAGCAAUAGGUUAAGAUUAGCAAAACGAAAUCUUUGCACGUGCAGCACACUUUUUUGUUCAUUUCUUUGCCAUCACCGCACGGCUACGACGUGAAAAUGUCUAAUUUCACGUUUUAGGGAGGACGUAAAGAAGUCACGACGAAAUUGUCUUUCUCUUUCUGAACUUAUGUAUCAUGGUUGUUAGGAAUUCAACUCCUGGAGAGUUCGCCUGUUUUUGACAAAGUAAGUGAGUUGGAAUAAUCGCGAUGAAGAUUGAAAGGACGCGAAUUAACUUUUUAUGUGACUUGUUCGCUGUCGUCACCGUCCUCGGAUCUUAAGGUCCCUAUACGACUUGCACGUGCUACCGAAACAGAUUGAUACUCGUGAACAGGGAAACCAGGAACAAAUAUACGGCUUGAAAUACCGUACAAAUUCUGUUAAGCACAUGUUUGGGCAGUGCAUUUGGUUAAACUAGGCUGUUCCAGUGUCUUUUGUUCAAUACCAAGUGGACGCACUAUGCACCAGCAUUUCACGAAUUUGCUUAUUUAGAAUAGAACGUAUUAGUGCGAUCGUAAUUUGUAGUGCUAAAAUAUAGUGUACUUCGUGUAUUGGUUUGUUUCAGACGCCAACCUCCUAUUUGUUGAAAAAAAUUAACUUCAAAACGAUAUACUUAAAUAUCCUCGCUAUUUUAGCGGUUUUCGCCUGGCAUGGCCAAGAGCGCUUGUUUGCAGGCUAAGAAUGGAAUAAUUACGUACCAGUGAGGCUGAGGCUUUAAAGAAUUUUUGUUUUGUUUUGUUAGUUUACUUUUGUUACGCACAGACUCAAAUUUGUAGCAUCUUAGCGGUUAAAAUGUUGACGUGGCUUUCUCUUUCAGCAUGGAAGAGUGCGAGGCUCUUUGUACAAGACUGGCGAUUAUGGUGAACGGACACUUCAAAUGUCUUGGCUCCAUUCAGCAUCUUAAGAGCAGGUAAGGCAAGCUCGGGGCUUGAAAAAUUCUUGAACUCCAGCACGUAUUUUGGGCAAGCAGCUCUCAUAUUUUUUCAUGCCCGGGGCAACUACGUGCUUAGAGGAUAACUUUCCUGGACACUUGUCCAUCGGGCAAGUGAGCUUUAAAAUUUACUUGUCCAGCAAGAAAAUCUACUUUUCCCGGACACCAGACGGGACUUCUUUUUCUAGCCCUGCAAGCUCUAUACUGAGCCAUUCCGUUCCUGAGUACCGUUACCUCGAUGCACCAUGGUAGAAUGUUCUUAGUACUUAUCGACAGAGCAAAUGAGUUUAAUUCGGUAUGUUGCAGUUUAAACACGUCCCAAACCCUUACGAUAUUUUUACGUCAUGUUCAGUGAGCGUGAAUAGAAUGCCUCUCUUAUUAUACAAAGCUUUAACUACAUAGUAAGGAAUCUUUCGUAUAAAAUAAGCCUGUAGAUGGGAAGCUUUUGAUGUCCUAGUUUAUUCUUUCUCUCGUGUUCUGAAUUUCCGAUCGAGUUCAAACUCAGAUCGGCCGUUGCUCUUCUUGAUAAAAUCAUUCGUUAUUUUAUUCACCAGAUUUGGAAGAGGGUAUACAUUGAUGGUUAAGGUCGGUAGCCAGCAACCUACGGUCUCGCUCACAGGAAUAGCUGACUCUGAAGGUAAAGUAAAAAUUAUACUUUUCUGGGAAACUGCCCACCUACCCUCCCCUUAGCCAACAUUAACACUUGCUUCUCACUUAGGGAAAAAGGUUGGCUUAGGGGAGGGGUAGGUGGGCAGUUUCCCAGAAAAGUAUAAUGAUCCCAGUAAAUGAAUUGGUUGAUAAUGUUAACGGGUUCAACGAACUGAAAACUUCCUCAGUAUGGCAUCAGUCUGUAGGAACUUGUGGUCUCCCAAAUAAUUUUGCCCUCUCGUUUCCCGUUAGGGUCGCCUUAAAUCGUAGGUUAACGCAUUGAACUUCAAAAUUAACCGUGGAGACAUGUAGUAUAGGUAAUUCAAUGGUAACUGUCAACGGAGCCUAUGAACGGAAAUCAUAGGCGCAGCAUUGAUCGUUAAGAACGUAAGAGAAAGAUUUCCCAAAAUAAUUAGCGCUAGAAUUUCUGACAUAGAGUCAGUGUGUGGAAUUUCAUGUUUUAAAAUUUUCUAAAAAAAAUAGUGUUGUUUUCAAAUCUAAUUUUAGGCGCUGUUGGGAGAAGAAGAGUGAAUAUAUCCAUUACAUGUCACAAUAUUUGAGACAAACAAUUGUUAUCUCCCCAUUUUGUUGGGAAAUUUAGUGUAGGUUUUUUUGUCCCAGAGCAUGCACUUGCUCCUCUUUUCUAAGUCAGGUUCUUUUAGAAAUGUCUUCGGUUUGUUACUUCUAGUAAAUCGUGUUGAAGUUGUACCCGCCUUUCAAAGUCCCCAUGCUGUUCCUUCAAGCCAGUCCCAGGUCUUCGCCAAUCCAACGGCUCAAUUGGACAACCCUGAUUCCGCCCCUGAUUCCAAUGCUGUUAACAGAGUCAUGCAGUUUGUUACCAGUGCCUUUGGCGGAGCAACUCUUAUGGACAGUCACAGUGUAAGUCGCGCAAGUGCCAGUCUCCUUCGAAGCCUUCUUUGUGUUCCCUGGAGAAGUGUUGCGUGACGACACGGCUGUGUUGGAGACUACUCAAGUCCUGACUGAGCUCAAUUUUAUUCUUAGGAAGCCAAACCUGUAUUAAGCGGACGCUCUUGGGGAAUAACCAGUAGCCCGCUUAAUACGGUUCUCAGUGCCGAGAAAUACAGCUCUAAGUAAAAUAGGCAAUGGCGUCAUUUCGUUGCUAUAUCAACUCCGAUUUCAUAGCAACCCUGAUCAUAACAAAUUUUCAUCUUCAUCUGAUACAGCCGUGGUGGUAAUUUUUCAAAUCUUUGUUAAUGACGACGUAGUUUAUGCUCAAACUUGGGAGGUAUUGACUCUGAAAAACCCCAUCGAGCCACCUUAAUAGAGGUGGCCGCUUAAUACAGGUUUGACCGUUAAAUCAAUACUAUACUGAACCAAGCAACUGCAAAAAUCAGGAAGUUCAUGUUCUUCAGUUAAAUUUCCAUUGCAUGAAGUUCUGCUUUUUAGAAUUGUAAUGGUUUGCGCAUUGUUUCUUUUAGGGAAUCUUGCAUUACCAGAUAGUUAAUGAAGCUCUGAGCUGGUCGUACAUCUUUGGUCAGCUUGAAAGAAACAGAAGUGCGUUGAACAUUGUGGAUUACAGCAUCAGCCAGACAACACUAGAACAGGUAAAGUUGUUAAGCUCAUUUUUGAGGAGCAAGAGUGGCGCACCGGUGAGAGCACUUGCUUUCCACGUGCCUGGGGUUUCUGGAUACUCAAGUUUUUCCCUCUCCUCAAAAACCAAAAUUACCUACUUCCAUUUCGAUCAGUUAUGGUAGACGAAGAACCACUAGGUGGAUGUGCUACCUUUGAAUCAUAUAUGUAUCUUUUUAUGUAUUUGCCAGUCUUCUCAAUUUUACAAAACUCAAUCUUGACUUUAAUGCGUGUUUAUUUACUGUUUUUAACCAGAAAACGCCUGAGUUUUUUUAACUCCAGGGUUAACUCCAGGGUCUUCUCAAUUUUACAAAACUCAAUCUUGACUUUAAUGCGUGUUUAUUUACUGUUUUUAACCAGAAAACGCCUGAGUUUUUUUAACUCCAGGGUUGCCUGGGUGAAUAACGCGCGUACAAUGGCCAUCUAUGGCGACGCUGCGUCAAUUACCUAAAUAAAUAAGGUAAUAAUUGCGGGCGACAGGUUGCUACGCAUGCAUGGCACGUCUGUAGCCAGCAUUCGUUUUAUCAGGUGAAACGUUCGCAAAGCACUAGCGUUGGAGCAAGGGCGUUUUUACCUUCGAUCAGAAGCCUGAAACUCGCUCGCUCUCUCUAGCCUUUGGUUAUUACCAGUCAUAAAGAUUAUAAGUACUGGGUCUGAGAGUUGGCAUUGGUGAACAUCGUUUUUGAGCAUAUUAGAGGACCGGUCAGCGUCACAUUUGUGGGAUGUUAUCUUAUUAUUUCUCGGCUUUUCUUGUUAGGUUUUCAUCAACUUUGCCAAAGAGCAGCACUCAGAGGACCGCACUUCAGUGAAGCGAAAGUGCAUGUGUUUUCCUUGCUGUCGGUAAAUGGGUAAUCAAUGCUUGCUUGCUGAAGUCCCUGAGUACCAAACAAUAAAAG